AUGUCAGGUGAAUCGCGUGACUCAUCCAUCUCACAGCCACAACGCUCUCGAAAGCAGACAUUACAGAGUGUCCUCUUAAUCUAUCUCGACAAUGUGCAAUGUAAAUCCCUGCACCGCCAAGACCCCGAGGGUGCCGCCCUCACGAGCUCGAUCUUAUCACAAUUGGCUCGUGGAGUUGAGGUUGAUAACGGGGCCGGAGAAGGCCGAUGA